AUGGAUUCUAUUCAUUGGAUUCUGAAUCUUCUAGUUCCUCCAAUAGUCCUCGUUUUGCUGUUCUGCUUUUUGCCACUUUAUCUGCUCUUUAAACUUCUCAGCUUCAUCAUAAGAUCAACAUACAGUGAGAAUGUGGCUGGAAAAGUAGUGCUCAUCACCGGCGCCUCCUCAGGCAUAGGCGAGCAUCUAGCAUAUGAGUAUGGUAGGAGGGGAUCACGUCUAGCUCUUGUGGCUAGAAGAGAGAACAGACUGAGAGAGGUGGCCGGAAAAGCCAAGAUGGUGGGGUCCACCGAUGUCAUCACCAUCGUAGCAGACGUUUCUAGAGUUGAAGACUGUAAACGGUCCGUUGAUUUGACAGUGAGCCACUUUGGACGAUUGGAUCAUCUGGUGAACAACGCUGGAAUAGUUCCUCUCUGCUUGUUCGAACAAUCCUCUGAUGUUACCAAUUUUGCACCUGCCAUGGACAUAAAUUUCUGGGGUUCGGUGUAUACCACAUAUUUUGCUAUUCCCCACCUAAGAAAAAGCAAAGGUAAGAUCAUAGGCAUAACUUCUUCAUCAGGAUGGUUGCCUGCACCAAGAAUGAUGUUCUACAACGCAAGCAAAGCGGCAGCGAUCAACCUAUACGAGUGUCUGAAAGCUGAAUUAGGAAAAGGCAUAGGAAUAACAAUAGUAACUCCGGGGCUGAUCGAGUCAGAAAUGACCCAAGGUAAGUUCCUAUCCAAGGAAGGCCGCAUGAUUCUUGACCAGGAAAUGAGAGAUGUUCAAGUGAGUGCGAUGCCCAUGAGAUCCGUGGGUUUAGCAGCAGAAGCAAUUGUUAAUGGCGCCUGUCGUGGGGACUCGUACCUGACAGAACCAGGUUGGGUGAGAACCACAUUCUACUGGAAGGCUUUUUGUCCGGAGUUAUUGGAGUUGUUGAACAGGUGGUUGCUCGUCUCAGGGCCUUCAGAGAGAGAAACUAUCGGCAAGAAGCUCCUUCAACUAAGUGGCCUAAAGAAAUAUCUGUAUCCCCAGUCAGUCAGAGAACCCAAGCUCAAGCCCAACUAG